UCUCCAGUCUGUCCGUCGGGGUUUCCUGGCUGCGCGCGACGGUGGCGAAGUCGAGGCAGCUGUAGUAGCAGCCGCGAAGAUGGCGGAGGGAUUGGAGCGUGUGCGAAUCUCUGCGUCGGAGCUGCGAGGGAUCCUGGCCACUCUGGCUCCGCAGGCCGGGAGCAGAGAAAACAUGAAGGAAUUAAAGGAGCCCAGGCAGCGCAAAGAUAACAGGCGCCCAGAUCUGGAAAUUUAUAAGCCUGGUCUUUCUCGACUAAGGAACAGACCUAAAGUCAAGGAAUCCUCUGGGAGUGAGGAAUUUAAGGAUGAACUUAUUAAUGUCAGAGAUUCUUCUGCUGUUGGCAAUGGUACACAGCUCAUUAAAGAUGCCUGCAAGAAAUUGGACAGCCAACAACAAAAUGGUCCUGUAGACCCAGAAAAUAAUCAGAGACAGGAAACCUUUCAUAGGACUGGUGGACAAGAGGAUCGAAGUCUAAAAGUCAGCAAAAGAACAAAGAAACCAGACCUUCAGAUCUACCAGCCAGGACGACGUUUGCAGGCUGUUAACAAAGAAUCAGCUAGCCAAAUAGAUGAGGAAGAGAUCCUUAAUCAGGUAGAACAACUAAGAGUAGUAGAAGAUGAAUGUAGGGGAAAAGUUGUGAAAGAGGAAGUUGUGAAUAAACCAGACAAAAUUGAGACAGAAAAGAGCCAAAACAGUGACAGAAUAAAGACUUCAAAGGGAGAAAAAGGGAAAAGGAUUGAAAAAGGGGAGGGGACAAAGAAAGUAAAUGAUGACAUGGCCCAGGGGAAGCUGGGUUCUGCAAAGCGCUACUCACGCUCAGACAAACGAAGGAACCGAUACCGAACUUGCAGUACUAGCUCGGCUGGUAGUAACAACAGUGCUGAGGGAGCUGGCUUGACGGAUAAUGGAUGCCGCCGCCGCAGGCAGGAGCGGACCAAGGAGAGGCCAAGAUUGAAGAAGCAAGUAUCUCUGUCCUCAACUGAUUCCUUAGAUGAUGACAGAAUGGAUGAGCCUGAUGAAUUGGAGUCCAAGAGGAGCUUAGAAAAGAGGAAACAUUCAGAAAAAAACUGGUCUGGCCAUGGGGAGGGUGAACAGAAAAGUAAUGGUAAAGAAAAUCGAAGCACUCUUCAUGUCACUUUUGAUGCAGAAACCAGGAACAAAGACUCCUCCAUGGUGAGGUCAGCCAGGGAAGAUGUAGAUAGGAUAAAGCCUGACAAAAGCCUGAGCAGUGAGGGCAGAGGUUCUGAGAAGCAGGAAUCCAAAAACCCAAAACAAGAACUUCGGGGUCCAGGUCGUGGGAUUCUGAUUCUACCUGCCUGUACUACUUUGUCUGUUAAUUCAGCAGGCUCUCCAGAAUCUACACCUUUGGGACCGCGGCUUUUAUUUGGAUCUGGUAGUAAGGGAUCUCGGAGUUGGGGCCGUGGAGGCACUACCCGCCGACUGUGGGACCCAAAUAAUCCUGAUCAGAAACCUGCUCUAAAGAGCCAGACACCCCAGCUACAUUUCUUGGACACUGAUGAUGAAGUCAGCCCUACGUCUUGGAGUGACUCACGUCAGGCCCAAGCAUCUUACUAUAAGUUUCAAAAUUCUGACAACCCCUAUUAUUACCCUCGGACACCUGGCCCUGCUUCCCAGUAUCCCUAUACAGGCUAUAACCCCCUACAGUAUUCAGUAGGCCCUACGAAUGGUAUGUUCCCAGGGCCUUACUACCCAGGCUACCCAACUCCACCAGGACAGUAUGUAUGUAGCCCACUCUCUGCCAGCACCAUGAGUCCUGAGGAGAUAGAGCAGCAUGUGAGGAACAUGCAGCAACAGGAGUUACACAGGCUUCUCCGGGUGGCUGACAACCAGGAACUGCAGCUCAGUAACCUGCUUUCCAGGGAUCGCAUCAGUACUGAGGGGAUGGAGAAGAUGACUCAACUCAGAGCUGAAUUGCUGCAGCUGUAUGAACGUUGUAUUCUAUUAGAUAUUGAGUUCUCUGAUAAUCAGAAUGUGGAUCAGAUCCUGUGGAAGAAUGCUUUCUAUCAGGUGAUUGAGAAGUUCCGGCAGCUUCUCAAGGAUCCAAAUGUUGACAACCCAGAACAGAUUCGAAAUAGACUUUUGGAACUUUUGGAUGAGGGUAGUGACUUCUUUGAUAGUUUGCUUCAGAAGCUGCAGGUUACUUACAAGUUCAAACUGGAGGACUACAUGGACGGUCUUGCCGUUCGUAGCAAGCCAUUACGCAAGACAGUAAAAUAUGCCUUGAUCAGUGCUCAGCGAUGUAUGAUUUGCCAAGGAGAUAUCGCCCGGUAUCGGGAGCAAGCCAAUGACACAGCAAACUAUGGGAAAGCACGCAGUUGGUACUUGAAGGCCCAGCACAUUGCUCCCAAGAAUGGGCGCCCCUACAACCAGUUGGCUUUGCUGGCAGUGUAUACGAGGAGGAAGCUUGAUGCUGUAUAUUAUUAUAUGCGCAGUUUAGCUGCCAGCAACCCUAUCCUGACUGCCAAGGAGAGUCUAAUGAGCUUGUUUGAAGAGACCAAACGAAAGGCAGAACAAAUGGAAAAGAAACAACAUGAGGAGUUUGAACUAAACCCUGACCAGUGGCGAAAAGGAAAGAAAUCUACCUUCCGGCAUGUUGGAGAUGACACCACUCGUUUAGAGAUCUGGAUCCGUCCAUCCCAUCCCCGAUUUUCCCUGGGAACUGAGUCUGGGAAGAAUUCUGAGCAGGAGAAUGGGCUGGGCACCCUGAGCCCCAGUGACCUGAACAAAAGGUUCAUCCUCAGUUUUCUCCAUGCCCAUGGGAAGCUGUUUACCCGGAUUGGGAUGGAGACAUUCCCUGCAGUGGCUGAGAAAGUCCUCAAGGAGUUCCAGGUGUUGCUGCAACAUAGCCCAUCUCCUAUUGGAAGUACCCGCAUGCUGCAGCUUAUGACUAUCAACAUGUUUGCUGUGCAUAAUUCCCAGCUGAAAGAUUGCUUUUCAGAGGAGUGUCGCUCUGUGAUCCAGGAGCAAGCUGCAGCUCUUGGCCUUGCCAUGUUUUCUCUCCUGGUGCAGCGCUGCACCUGCCUACUUCAGGAGUCUGCCAAAGCUCAGCAGUCCUCUCCUAAGGACCAGGAUGACCAAGAUGACAUCAAGGUGUCUUCCUUCAUCUCGGAUCUGAAGGAACUGCUCCCCAGUGUGAAAGUAUGGUCAGACUGGAUGCUCGGCUACCCAGACACCUGGAAUCCUCCACCCACCUCUCUGGAUCUGCCGUCACAGGUUGCUGUGGAUGUAUGGUCAACGCUGGCUGAUUUUUGUAACAUACUGACUGCGGUGAACCAGUCUGAGGUGCCACUGUACAAGGACCCGGACGAUGACCUCACCCUUCUUAUCCUGGAAGAGGAUCGACUUCUCUCAGGCUUUGUCCCCUUGCUAGCUGCCCCUCAGGACCCCUGCUACGUGGAGAAAACCUCGGAUAAGGUUAUUGCAGCCGACUGCAAAAGGGUCACAGUGCUGAAGUAUUUUCUGGAAGCCCUUUGUGGACAAGAAGAACCUCUGCUGGCAUUCAAGGGUGGAAAAUAUGUGUCAGUGGCACCCGUCCCAGACACCAUGGGAAAGGAAAUGGGAAGCCAAGAGGGAAAACAACUGGAAGAUGAGGAAGAAGACGUGGUAAUUGAAGACUUUGAGGAAGAUUCAGAGGCUGAAGGCAGUGGAGGCGAAGAUGACAUCAGGGAACUUCGGGCCAAGAAACUGGCUCUGGCCAGGAAAAUAGCCGAGCAGCAGCGUCGCCAAGAAAAGAUCCAGGCUGUCCUGGAAGACCAGAGUCAGAUGAGGCAGAUGGAGCUGGAGAUCAGACCCUUGUUCCUCGUACCAGACACCAACGGCUUCAUUGACCACCUGACAAGUCUGGCACAGCUGCUGGAGAGCAGGAAAUACAUCCUGGUGGUUCCCCUCAUUGUGAUCAAUGAGCUGGACGGCUUGGCCAAGGGGCAGGAGACAGACCACCGGGCUGGAGGCUAUGCCCGUGUGGUACAAGAGAAAGCCCGGAAGUCCAUUGAGUUCCUCGAGCGGCGAUUUGAGAGUCGGGACUCUUGCCUGCGAGCCCUCACCAGCCGGGGCAAUGAACUUGAAUCUAUCGCCUUCCGCAGUGAGGACAUCACUGGCCAGCUGGGUAACAAUGAUGACCUGAUCCUUUCCUGCUGCCUCCACUACUGCAAAGACAAAGCUAAGGACUUCAUGCCCACCAGCAAAGAGGAGCCAAUCCGUCUGCUGAGGGAGGUGGUGCUGCUGACUGACGACCGGAAUCUGCGUGUGAAGGCGCUGACGAGGAAUGUGCCUGUACGGGACAUCCCAGCCUUCCUCGCAUGGGCCCAGGUGGGCUGAGGGGACCACAUCAGGGCCCACCCCAAUGGAACCGUUUCUGACCAGCCACCAGGUGCCAGGUGUAGCACGGAAGAUGCCCGCGUGCCUGAGCCACCAAUCCAUCCUGACAAUAAACCAUCCUCUUCCGACCCACGCCGUGGCCAUGCUGUGGGGGAGCUGUUCCUCCCAGAGCCCCUCCCAAGGGUUGGUGGAAGCUGCUGGGACCCGCCUGGGCUGCCAAGAUUUAGCGGGGAGGUGGCUGGCCACAGCAACAACAGUGGGCAAGCCAAAUGGGCUGCCCGUGCCUCAGCCUUUCUCCCUUCAGUCUCAUUCCAGGGAUGGGAAAGGCCUGCUCACCCAGGGACUCCGCCACUUUCUCUGAUGGCGAUGGGGCAGGAUUUUUAGUGUUUCCUUCAAAUGCAGGCGAAACCACAGGUACCUUUCAUCUAUAGAACUUAUGUCCUAAGUGUAUCCAAGAGGCUUGGGCUGUGUCAUGAAGAGAGUGUCCAGGGUGUGUGUCCAGCUCCCUGAGGCUUGGAUUCCCCUGCGAACUCAAGUUGGGCUCUGGACAACAUGUCCCUAACAGCAGCCCUUGGCCCCCACCUCUUCUACCCCCACCUCAGACACACACACCCAUGCUGCUGCUCCUCUUCCUGUCCACAUCAAUCUAGGUCCCUUGCACUUUGCCCCUUGUUUUCCCUUAGACAGUCAUGGGCCUACAGGGAAGAGACAUCUGGUUUCAGACGUGUGCUUCCUGGGUGGCCUUCUGUUCCCUCUCUCAUUUGCCUUCCUUUUGCUGUAGUUCCCUCUUCCAGAAAUUUCUUGACUGUUCUAGUCACCACCACCCUUGGCAUCCCCUCAUCCUCUUUCCCUUCCCUCUUGGUCCCUUCUACCCUUCCCUGGGCCCUUAACUUCCUCACCUCAGUCCCUUGCUAUGGGGCUUCUUAGCUACUGCAGCAGGUGCAACAGGAACAUAAUAAGGCAAGGCAUUCCCACUUGAUCCCCUGUGUUCUAGAAGUUUCCAGGCUACUACAGCCCGGGGGAUGGUCAGUACCUAGAGGAGCCUAAAGCAUUUAUCUUGUUUCCAGCAUUAACCCUCCAUUUCCCAGAACUGGUGCAGGGCCUCUUUAGUUUUGAAGUUUUCUGUUGGCUCUUCAGCUGGGACCCAUGUUCACAACCUCACCAAGAGGCUUUCUGCAAUGAAUGAGUUUCUCCAACUCAGGGCUGAGGAGGAAGAGAUAGGGGAAAGCAAGGUCUUAGGGAAGACAGGGUACAUCUUGAUGGGACCAGUAAGGGAACUUCCCCAGCGUAAUGUUUGACUGUGUAGCCUGUGUGGAGCAUGGGAGUAGCUGUGCCCUCCCAAAGGCCCAAGACUGUGCCAGCAGGAGGGGAGCUGUGCAGAUCAAGGCCAGUGUCUUGAGGGUGUGACUCCCUCAGGGCCUCAAAACUGGCAGCUUGGGACUACAGGGUCCUGGCUCUUCUUUGACUCUUCUCUGGCUGAGGCCAGUGACUGGGUGGGUGGGAACCCAUCUCUUUUCUCUGUCCCAUUUGCAGCACUGGUUUUGUUUCCUUAAUAAAUUUUAGUUAUGAAAUGA